UCCCUUAUAAAGGCUGGGGACGCGCCGGACUGGCAGACGCGCGGAGCCGGCGCCACCACGAUGCCGCUGUCCCAGAGCAGGGCUGGGCAGACCCCGUGCAGCAGCAAGGCCUGCAGGAACCUCUUUGGCCCCGUGGACCACGAGCAGCUCCAGCAUGACUUUGAGGACAAGAUGAAACAACAGCUGGAGGAAGCUCAGCAGCGCUGGAACUUCAACUUUGAGACAGAGACUCCCCUGGAAGGGCCGUUCAAGUGGGAGAGGAUCCUGGUGGCUGAGCAGCCACCCCAGGAAGUUCACAGCCUGGUCAGGGCUGUCAUCAGCAGUGACAGCAGGAGCUCCCUGGCCCACAGGGUCCCCCCCAAGGAGCGUGUUGGCAGGAUUUGCCCUGAGGAGGCUCAGCAGAGCUCGAAGGUUUACAAGGCUGGUUCCCUGCAGAAACGUGGGCAGACCACGAUCAAAGACUUCUACAGUGCCAAGAGGAGGAUCGUCCCUGCCCGGCCCCGGCCGUGACUCACUGGGGCAGCCGCUGCCGCCGGGAGCGUGGCUCCCCUGCCCUGAGCUGUGCUGUGCUCUCCUGUAGCAAUGUAGAUCUGUAGUUCCCUAUUUAUGAGUUGCUCUGGGGUCCUGAGGGACCUUCACUGUGUGCAAUGUAGAGGAGGAGCCCCAUGAUGGGGCUGAAGGAGGACUGAGAUGGACCUGGUGGGAUGAAGGCACUGCCCUGCCCGCAGAGGUGUCCUGUGCCCUGUGCCUGUGGGUCCAACACCAUCCUUGUGCUGUCCUGCUGUCCAGCCGUGGUCUGUCCCCUGCUUAGGGGCCGGGCCUGGGGGACACUUGUGUCCCUACCACCUGGUGGCACCAGUUAUCUUUAAGAAAAGUCACUGGUGUGGAUUGUAGAGCCCUGGGACAGCCCUGCUGCCGGCACAGGGGGGUGGCCCUCUGUCCCAGCAGGAUGGAGCUGAGCACUUGUCCGUGUGUGGGAGCAGAGUGAUGUGGAGGCUGCUCCUUCCCACGGCUCUGGGCAGAGGAAGCUGUUCCCUCGACAAACCUUCCUUGGGUGACUCCCCGGGAACAGCCAUGGGGGACCAACAGUGCCCCCGGGAGGCUUUGGGAUCCCCUGCACUCUGCUGGCCCCAAAUCCCACUUUCUCACCUUGUUGUUGGCUUGUUGAGUGGUGCUGCUUGCCCCCUGCCCCUGCCAGCCUCAACACUGACACCUGGCUGGGGAGCCCCUGCUCUGGCUCUGCUGAGCUCCUGUAGGAAGAAGUCCUGCUCAGCAGCAGGGAUGAUGCUGAAAUAAGGAAUUGUAGCUUGUUUUCCUGGACUUUUUCUCUUUUGGGGCUGGUGGGGAGAGGACCCUCACCUGGCUCUGCUCUGGGACCAAGGGAUGGCCUGGAGCAGAGGCUGCUCAGUUCCAGCACUGAAGGAUGAGUCCCUGAGGGACUCAACACUGUCAGAUCUUGGCACUUUCAUGGAGAUCAUCUGCUGCUCUGCUGGAUUUGGACUUGGGAAACUGGUGCAAGAUGGUCCCAGGAAGAAAAGGGACAGGGUUGAUCUCCCACCUUGCACCACCAUGCACUUUGCUGUCGGUGAAGCUGCCAAGCUCCCAGCACUUAAUGUUUAUUUAUAUUUAAAAUAAUGCUAUGAAGUCUAUGUGGGGAAAUACCUGUUUGUCUGUAAGUGUUAACUCUGAAUAAACACCUGUGCAAAGGCA